CCGAAGAAGAAGAAGAAGAACUGCGCAAGCGCAGAAUCGACUGUUUCUGGUACGGACCUUGUAGUGACAGCGACUGUUUGAAGGAGUUUAUUGGCCUUAAAAGCAUUUUAAAAUGUUGAAAGAGUUGUUAAGAGAGCGACUAAUGGCGGUUGCUGAUGAACUAUUUGCCAUGUUCGAAAGAACAACGGUGUCCUACGAGGAGGAACUUUCUCGAACAAAAGAGGACAACGAACAACUUCGACAGCGACUCGAAGCUGUUUGCAAGACAGUUGACCACACUGAAGAUGUCCAGCAAGAACAAAGCCCUGCUCUCCUUGUCUACGUUAAAGAGGAAGAGGAGCCGCAGCCCCUCCACAUUAAAGAGGAAGAGCAGGAGCCAGGUCUUUCCCACUUUGAAGAGCAGGAGCCACAGCCCUCCAACAUUAAAGAGGAAGUGGAGGAACUAUGUAUCAGUCAGGAGAAAUUGUGUUUUCUAGGAGAGGCGGAGGCUGAUCUCACCAAGUUACCUGUGAGGUUUGAAGACAAACAGCCUGACUCCUCCCGCCUUCAUUCCAGUCCACGUGAGGAGAAGACAAGGACAGAGCCUUCAAGCAGUUGCUCAAAUCAACACAUGAGAACAAAAGCUGACAAAGACCACUGUGGAGGAUCACAAGCGCCACUGUCAGAUCAAGACACAACAUCACACGUUGCGGAGGAUGAAGACAUGGGUACUCACACCGACAACAAUCAAUCGGAAUGCUCUAAAAAGAAGACCCGUAAAAAACGUUUGAUCUGCUGCGUUUGUGACAAAGGUUUCAUCAAAGACAGUUGUUUGACUCAACACAUGAGAAGGCACACAGGGGAAAAGUCUUUUGGAUGCUCAAUUUGUGACAAGCAGUUCUCUUUUCAAAGUAAUAUGUUAAGACACGUGAGAGCGCACAACAAGGAAAAACCAUUCAGUUGCCCGGAUUGCGGCAAGAGCUUUUAUUACAAAAGCGACGUGACCCAGCACAUGAGAACGCACACCGGAGAAAAACCGUUCAGUUGCUCCAUUUGCGGUAAGGAAUUUUCUGACAAAAGAAACAUGGUGUCGCACAUGAAAAGACACACCGGAGAGAAACCUUUCAGUUGCUCCGUCUGCGGCAAACGAUUCUACCAAAAGACCCACGAAGAAACGCACAUGAGAACGCACACCGGAGAGAAACCUUUCAGCUGCUCCGUUUGCGACAGGACCUUCUCUGAGAAAAGCAAAGUCACAAAACACAUGACGACGCACACGGGGGAGAAGAAAUUUUGCUGUUCAAUUUGCGACAAAAGGUUUUCCAGAAUGGCCCACGUGAAAUCGCACAUGAGAACACACACAGGAGAAAAAACCCUUUAGUUGUUCGCUGUUUACUCAAGUUUUACUUGGAGGAAUAUUUUGACAUCAUACAUAACUGAAUAGGUGUUUUUCCAUCAAUCCAUUUUCUACUGCUUGUCCCUUUUGGGGUGGCAGGGGGUGCUGGAGCCUAUCUCAGCUGCAUUCGGGCAGAAGGCGGGGUACACCCUGGACAAGUCGCCACCUCAGCGCAGAAUAGGUGUUUUUCUUUGUCAAAUCAUGGAAAUGUAAUAUUCCUCGAGAAGUCAGCUAGAAGGUGAUGUUCAGCUGUGCGUGUUUGCUACAGCCUGUGUGAGUAAUGCCGCAUUCCCUCAUGACAGGGGUUGGGAACCUUUUUGGCUGAGAGAGCCAAGAAAGCCAAAUAUUUUAAAAUGUAUUUCUGUAAAAGCCAUAUAAUAUUUUUUUUCAACACUGAACACAACUAAACGUGUGCAUUUUUAAGUAAGACCAACAUUUCUACAGUAUAACAGGUCUUUUAUUUUUUGGAAUAAUAUUGUUAUUCUGAAGCUAACCGUGGAAGGGGCGUGGCCUGCGGGCCUGCAGCGAAGCAGGGUGUGCCAGGACCGGCCUCGAAAUCAGCGACAGGUGCGUAGAUGGCCCACCUGGGCCUUGUUAUCUAAUCACCUGUCGUUCUGCUAUAAGCAGCAGCCAUGAGGAGCGAGGGGGUUAAAGCUGGAGCUGGAGCCAGAGCGCAAGCGGGAACAAAAGAGAAAUUAAUAUUUUAUAUUUUGAACGUUAUUUUUAAAACUGUGAUCACAAGUGGAAUUAUUCAUUGCUUAUCGUAUCAAGCAAUGUCAGCUCAGAUUUAUCCGAAAGCCAGACGCAGUCAUUAAAAGAGCCACAUCUGGCUCGCGAGCCAUAGGUUCCCUACCCCUGCCUCAUGACUUGCAUGUUCAUUUUUAAUUCUCCUGAAGGAACUCUCCUGAAGGAAUCAAUAAAGUAAUAUCUAUCUAUCUAUAAAAUAAAAACAACUAUGUGAAUCCAAUCCAAAGUUAUCCUCUAUCUGUCAGCCAAAUACCAGUUUUGCAUGUUAUUUUUAAUGGCAUGUGUUUUAAUAAAUCAUCAAUGUAGCAAUUGUUCAUUUAAACUUAAAUUAAAUAUUGGUAUGUUUGUUCCUAUUGUACAUGUACGUUUUUAUAAUGCUAAAUGUGACAGUGGUAUGGUGUCAUUUCUCGUUGGCUUUGUGUGGGGAUUGCUUAGGAAAUGUACUGUGACCAAAAUAAAUGCUGUCAUCCUCCUGCAGCUGUCGAUUUCAGAA